CUGAUAGCGCUGAACUCGCACAAAUGCCCGCAUACUGCGUCUGGUAAAUUACAUUGUUGCUCUCCACUUUAUGUUAAUGUGCUGUGGAAUGGUCAUCCGUGAAGUGGAGGUCGGUCUUCUUACUCUGAAGAAAAAAUAGAAGCAAAAAAGAAGUUUAUAAACCGUGCCCUGAUUAUUUCCUCGGAGAUUUUCCCUCUAAAGAAUUGCCUCGUUUGUUUUUAACUCAGUCCUGUUUCCUAAUGAACAAAAUUAGACAGGAAGUUUACUAGGCUGCAUCAAAACAACGUGUGAAGUACGUAAACAAAAGUACAAGUCAAUGGACUCCUAUCAUGAAUGAGUCAGCUUGAACGAACGGAGUUGUACGCCAUUCGGAGCUGAAGUUCCAGCAUGAAACAGCUUAACAGCGUGAUUGUGCUAUUGAUGGGGACCCUGCUGUGCAGCCUGGCUUUGGAGCUGACCCCAGGCCAGGCCCUAGCUCUGGCCCCUGGGCCCGGCAUGAACAGAACGCGGCGGGACGUCACCUGCCUGGGCUCCCUGGAGUACCUGUACAACGGUAUCUGCUGCCUUAAUUGCCCUGCAGGGACGUAUGUCAAAGAGCAUUGCAGCAGAGCAUCCAGCAGAGGGCACUGUGUACAGUGUGACUUCGACACAUACACUGAGCACGACAAUGGCCUGGCGAAGUGUUUUCAAUGCACCAAGUGUCGCUUGGAUCAGGACCCUGGGGCGCCCUGCACAACCACCCAAAACACACGGUGCCAGUGUAAAAAGGGUCUGUACUGCCUGCCAGACCAGGUGUGUGAAGUGUGCAAGACCUGUAGCAGAUGCAAAGAGGAUGAGGUGGAGGUGGGGAGAUGCACGUCAAGCUCCAACACAGUCUGCAGGAAAAGAGGUUCUGCAUCUGCCAGUUUGUCAGCAGUGGUAGCAAUCACUAUCCCACUGAUCAUUGUGGGGCUUGUGAUCAUCGUCAGUGUCCUCUACUGUAAAACGUGCCGCGGACUGAGAAGAGCAGUGGUGCCAUGGUGUUCGAGAGGCUUUCUGAAGAUGUGUAUAGGAGGGGGAAGAGACUCUGUUGAGGUGACACAGAAUGGCCUGAACAACACGCUGGACAGCCACACGCAUGCCACACGUCUCAUUCAGAUGCCGGUCAAUCUGGUGGGUGACCAGACCCCUGCGCCACUGGAGGCAGCGGAGGAGGAGGAGGAGGACAGGGGGCUGGGCCAGAGCCUCCCCAACACCGUCACCUCCUCCCAGAGCAGCCUGUCUCUGUGUGCUCAGCUCCGCCCCUGCCAGCCAUGCCCCGCCCAGCCAUGCCCAGGCCACUGUGGCCUGCCCGCCAGCCCCACCCACCCACAGCUGCUUAUUGCUCUGGAAAAUGAAAAAGUAAGAAGGCUCAUUCCUCUAAAUGGUGAGGAAUCACUGAAGAGAAGUUUUGACCUUUUCCAAGAGCUGGACAUCCACUACCAUAACAGGUUCUUCAGGUAUAUUGGACUCAGCGAUAAUGCCAUCAGGAAUGCGGAAAUGUCCUCGUUGGAAGACAAGGUUUAUGAGCUGCUAAAGAUUUGGCUAGAAAAGGAGGGACUGAAGGCUGAUUUCAACAGCCUUAUUGAGACACUGCUUCACCUGGACCAAAGACUGUCUGCAGAAAACAUCAUUGCAAGGGCCAUCAGUAAUGGUCAUUUCAAAUAUGAAGAUGACUAAAUAAGUUCAAUAUUCAAAGGUAUCUGCUGCAGGAUUUAUUGUUCAGGGUUGUUGUUGUUGUGUGUGUGUGUAGAUUUUUAUAUAUAUAUAAGAUAUGUAUAUAUAAUAUAAAGAUAUGUAUAUAUUUUCUCUUUUGCAAAAGCCCAAAAUUUCAAAAGCAAAUUUUUUUUUUUCUGCCAAAUUUGGAAGACUGAACUAAGAGCCAAAAUAAAGUAUAUUAGCUUUCAAAGUCACACACUCAUGCAAGCUUGGAAAAACAUAUAUGUAUGUCUACACAUUUCAUUAAGAGGGUAGUUUAUGAAUGUGAGUUUCAUUUGUUGUAAAAUGCUUUUUGCUGGUGAGGGGCUGGUGAAGUUGUUAAACUCAGGGUUUAAGGAGCAGCAAGUUAUGCUCAUGCUCCAUGUCCUUGAGUAUUGAAUGUAUUACUGACAAACAUCUCCUAGUUUUCAGAAUGCUUUUGAACAAACUAAUGCUUAUUAUAUUUUUCAGGGUACUAUACAGCAGUUAAAUAAAUAUUUUUGUUUUA